GAGCGGGAUGGCGGCGGCCGCCGGAGCUGGGGGAGCAGGUUGGGGGGGUUAAAGCCGGGGGAGCAGGUUGGGGGGGUUAAAGCCGCCCCCUCCGCCCGGAGCUGCGCCCCUCACCGCUGACCCCCCCCCCCCCCCGCACGCUAUGGAGGCGAGCGGCGUGGCGUGGCUGCUGGUCCCCGUGCACCAGCUGGUGUCGUGGGGUGCCGCGGGGGCCAUGGUGUUCGGCGGCGUGGUGCCCUACGUCCCCCAGUACAGAGACAUCCGGCGGACCCAGAACGCGGAGGGCUUCUCCACCUACGUCUGCCUGGUGUUACUGGUGGCCAACAUCUUGCGGAUUCUCUUCUGGUUUGGAAGGCGUUUUGAAUCCCCUCUUUUGUGGCAAAGCAUUAUCAUGAUCAUUACUAUGUUACUGAUGCUGAAACUGUGCACUGAAGUACGUGUGUCCAACGAGCUAAACAUAAAACGCCGCUCUUUUGCAGCUGCAGAUAGUAAGGAUGAAGAAAUCAAAGCACCUCCCAAGAGAUCCUAUCUGGAUUUUGACUUGAACUAUUUUUGGCAUUGGAGCAAGUUUACAGACUACGUGCAGUGUGUCCUGACCUUCACUGGUGUGACCGGUUACAUCACUUACCUCUGGCUUGACUCGUCUCUCUUUGUGGAAACGCUGGGCUUCCUCGCAGUGUUCACCGAGGCUAUGUUAGGUGUUCCCCAGCUCUACCGUAACUACCAGAAUAGGUCCACAGAAGGAAUGAGUGUCAAGAUGGUGCUGAUGUGGACCAGCGGGGACACUUUCAAGACUGUUUACUUCAUCUUGAAUCAGGCCCCUUUCCAGUUCUCCGUCUGCGGGCUCCUGCAGGUUUUUGUGGACAUGGCUAUCCUGUUGCAGGUUUACUUGUACAGCAACUACCCGCAGAAGCCGGUGUCCCACGCCGCGCACCCAGCCAGCACCAAGGCCCUGUGAGGCACCCAGCUGCACAGGUUGCAGGUCAACAGCGCCGCGGCGCCAGGCAGGGCAGCUCCUCUGCUGCUCGGAAAUACUCCCGUGUUGUCGAGUUGAAAGCAGAAAGGAGGCCGAGGAUUGAAAACCUGGCUGCACUUCCAGCUCGGGAGGUUUUAUUUUAGAUAACUUGCGCUCUCUGUUUUCAGACUUAACUGUACAGAGCUGUUUCUUGGUGGGGGUGGGGAGGGGCACUUUAUUCUUGCAUAUGUACCUACGAGCCUUAUCAAUUCACAGAUGUUUGUAUAUUUAAUCACAAGGGCUGGACGGUUUUGUGUUUUUAACGCUAUUUAAAAAUGUUACACCACAGAAAUGGUAGGGUAUUUUGUCUGAUACUUUUACCUAUUUAUACAGUAUAAAGUCUGUACAUUGGCAGGAGGUUUGUGGCAUAUGCUAGCGCUCAGUAUCUCCAGGAUGCAGGAAGAAGGCUUGAAGAGCAAACACAGGAGCUUCCUCUUUGCUUUAAGAAGGGAGCCUGGUGAGCAGAGGUGAGGGCGGGAGGCGCUGCGGGGCGGGCAGAGCCGGGCUGCAGGACGUCUCGCACAAACCAGCGGGCGUGCGUGGCCAGUAAUGCCGGGCAAGUGAUUCUAGAUGGCGACUGAGCCACGAAGGUAGAAGCGACUCCGCUUCUGCUGCCUCAGAAGGGGAACUGAAAAAGCUUGAGACAGAGGAAAAGCUGUAUCCUGUGGAGCAGGGCUAGCAUCUGCCAGCUUCGUUUGCUGAGGCGGAGAUUCACGUUCAUGUCUAAUGCCAAACAAGAACCAGUUUAUGUUUUGGGGUGUUUCUUGCACUGACCCAAGGAAGGGAGUCCACAUUUUCCUUUUUCUGUUGCUUAAGCUCUUUGAGGCUCUUAGAAGAAUCAGCAGCCUGUACUUAGACAGAGGGACUGAGAAAGCUGAAAGAGCGGAGAGGUUUAUUUAUAAAUGUAGAUGUUGUCUGUAAUGGCUGUUCGCCAGCGUAGGUCGCCGUGCCCUUUCUGAGAACUGCACGUGUGGAGCAGCUGCAGGUGGUGCGGACCCACGGCACGCUGUGACCGACCCCCCCUGGACCCACGGCACGCUGUGACCGACCCCCCCGGACCCACGGCACGCUGUGACCGACCCCCCCCGGACCCACGGCACGCUGUGACCGACCCCCCCCGGACCCACGGCACGCUGUGACCGACCCCCCCCGGACCCACGGCACGCUGUGACUGACCCCCCCCGGACCCACGGCACGCUGUGACCGACCCCCCCUGGACCCACGGCACGCUGUGACCGACCCCCCCGGACCCACGGCACGCUGUGACCGAGCCCCUGGGCUUCUCUCAGCCCAGUCGGUGCGGGGCAGCCGCAGCGCGAUGCUCAGUCCCACAGGCUCACUGCUCCGUGGGGUCCCUCCCUGCCGCCGGGUGAGUCUCCUCUGACCCCAGGCAAGGUGUUUGGGGGGGGGGGGGGGGGGCAGAAGGAGGGCGUCCCCGGGGUGGCCCGGCAGAUCCAGUCAGAUCUGCGUGCCUAAAGCAGAGCCGAGGGCAGAGCUGCCGCUCGCCGGGGCUGGGCCCGGAACGCUCUGCCCGGGCACCCGCCCCGCGCUCCUUGUUCGACACCGGACUCUUCUAGGCCUGAAGUGACCUUACAGAGAUGAUGUACCCGGCAUGGCAGACUAUGAAUGUUGUGGUCCUCUCUUCUCCAGUUUUCUGAUUGUUUUACAGGAAUACCUGGGCUUUCCUCUUUUUUAAUUGAAAACUUACUUAACAACUGGCUUCCCCGCUAUGCUGCUUUAAUGAGGAUUGUAUUUCUACUGUAUGCAAACAAACACCUUCUUGUGCGUUUUAAUGGUCUGAUGGGUCUUUUUAAUAACUUGUAAUGCUAAGAUUUUUGUAUAUGGUGGUCUUUUUCUAAAACUCUACGAAACGGGGAUAUAAGAAAUAAAUGGCUCUUAAGAAAUAUA